CUGGGGGGACGCAGGACCCCGCCCGCCCGCUUGCUGGCGUUUGCGUUCUGUCUGCUCAAUUCCCGCUGUGUUCGUGUUCCGUUCGCGCUCCGAGUGUCUGUUCUUGCCGCUCGGGCCGCUUGGGCGCGUGGAGACGGGGCGAGCUCGCUGGUCGACUUCGCAGUCGUACCCGUUCUUUCCCUUCCUCCACCCCCACACUGCAGCCAUGUUUGUGCCUUGCGUGGAGCCGGCGCCCGAGCUCACGGGCUUCACCCUCUUGAUGCCAGCAGUAUCCGUUGGAAAUGUUGGCCAGCUUGCAAUAGAUCUGAUUAUUUCCACACUGAAUAUGUUUAAGGUUGGUUACUUCUAUACCGAUUGUCUUGUGCCAAUGGUUGGAAACAAUCCGUAUGCAACCACAGAAGAAAACUCAACAGAACUCAGUAUAAAUACUGAGGUAUACUCAUUGCCUUCAAGGAAGCUAGUCGCUCUUCAGUUAAGAUCCAUUUUUAUUAAGUAUAAAUCCAAGUCAUUCUGUGAAAAGCUGCUUUCCUGGGUAAAAAAUAGUAACUGUGCCAGAGUUAUUGUGCUUUCAAGCAGUCACUCGUAUCACCGCAGUGAUCUACAGCUUCGCAGUACUCCCUUUCGCUACCUGCUUACACCUUCCAUGCAAAAAAGUGUUCAGAAUAAAAUAAAGAGCCUUAAUUGGGAAGAAAUGGAAAAAAGCCAGUGCAUUCCCGGAAUAUCAGUGGGAGAAUACUCAAUUAUUUCUUUUGUUUGUUGUAGCUGUUGUAGAGAAAUCCCUAUGGCGGUUCUGCUGAAAUUUGUAUCCGAAGGAGACAAUAUCCCAGAUGCAUUAGGUCUUGUUGAGUAUCUUAAUGAAUGGCUUCAGAUCAUUAAACCAUGUAUGGAUGACUCCACAGUGUCUGCCUUGCCAUGGAAAAUACCAAGUUCUUGGAGACUACUCUUUGGCAGUGGUCUUCCCCCUGCCCUCUUCUGAUCUGUUUUGGUUUUAUACCAUGUGUCUCAGGAUACUUAGCACCAGGACAGCUGUUAAACGUUCUGUACAGAAAUUUGUACUAUCUGAGAAUGUAUUAGGAAACAGGUGUUUAUUUAUCAUAGAAAAUCUCAAAG